GAGGGGAUGAGGGUGCGGAAAGAUAUUCGAUUUUCGAUUCUUUUUUGUCUCUCCAUGCCCCUCCAUGUCCCUCCAUGCCCCUCUUUUGAUUUUGAGAUUGUGCGAUGAUUGGGACGAUGGAGAGCACUUUUUUUUUUCUUCUUUCUCGAUGGUCGCACACAGUGGUUGGAUGGCUGAACUCAAUAUCAAAUGUUAUUAUCUCUAUUAUCUUGCCCCUCAACCUUACGAUCUACUGCUUGCAUUGUGCUAUCCCUCUGUUGAUUCAGCACACACAUACACACCACAUACACAGCAGCCCAUUCCAUUGUUAAUUAAUCUAACAUUCCACUGUUCCUCUAUUCCAUCAUCACAUCCAGGCCUCUACUACAAGGCAAGGAACCUGUCAAGACCACCAUGGCUCAAGCGCAAUAUGGGCCUCAAGAAGGGCGAAUCUCCAGCUGCAGGCGAGACCGACGAGGUUGAGGAUCCCAAUGCACGGGGCCCCUCCAGUGCAAUUAACAGGGACAGUCAGACCGCGGAUCCAUCUCCUGCUGAUCCCGCAGAAAAGAGCUCCGCAGAACCAUCCAAAUCGACAACCACAGCACCAGCACCAGCAGCACCAGCAACAGAGGAGAAGCCAGCUGAGGGCGAACACGCGGCAUCAUGUCCUGGCGAUGGCAACUGCAACGGUACAGGAGGCACGCACAGCUGCUCAGGAUGCCCCUCAUACAAUCAGCAGCAGACCAAUCGCCAGCACCUUGUUUGUGCCAACUGUAGGACCACUACUACACCCCUCUGGCGUCGCGAUAGUGGAGGCAACACCAUUUGUAACGCCUGUGGGCUCUACUACAAGCUACAUAAUGUGCAUCGGCCUGUCACCAUGAAGCGAGCCGUCAUCAAACGAAGGAAGCGCGUCAACCUCAUGGCCAAUUCGCCACCCUUAGCUCCACAGCAAGCCCUUCAGCAGCAACAACAGCAUCAACAGCAACAACAACAGCAGCA